AUGACAAGUUUGCCAAGUUUGAUGCUUGUGUCAUCAUUUUCACGACUUUUCUGUUAUCUUACUCGAAAGAGAAAGAAUAAUGUAGAGACUACCAGACCUUCAUAUGAGAAUAUACAACAAGAUGUUACCAGACCUUCAUAUGAGAAUGUUCAACACGAUGUUACCAGACUAUCAUAUGAGAACGAACAACAAUAUGUUACCAGACUAUCAUAUGAGAACGAACAACAAUAUGUUACCAGACUUUCAUACGAGAAUAUACAACACGAUGUUACCAGACUAUCAUAUGAGAACGAACAACAAGAUGUUACCAGAUUAUCAUAUGAGAACGAACACCAAUAUGUUACCAGACUUUCAUAUGAGAAUAUACAACAAGAUGUUACCAGACCUUCAUAUGAGAAUAUACAACAAGAUGUUACCAGACCUUCAUAUGAGAAUGUUCAACACGAUGUUACCAGACUAUCAUAUGAGAAAAGGAACAACAAUAUGUUACCAGACUAUCAUAUGAGAACGAACAACAAUAUGUUACCAGACUAUCAUAUGAGAACGAACACCAAUAUGUUACCAGACUUUCAUAUGAGAAUAUACAACACGAUGUUACCAGACCUUCAUAUGAGAAUGUUCAACACGAUGUUACCAGACCUUCAUAUGAGAAUAUACAACAAGAUGUUACCAGACCUUCAUAUGAGAAUAUACAACACGAUGUUACCAGACCUUCAUAUGAGAAUGUUCAACACGAUGUUACCAGACCUUCAUAUGAAAAUGUACAACACGAUGUUACCAGACCUUCAUAUGAGAAUGUUCAACACGAUGUUACCAGACUUCAUAUGA